AUGGGCGACGAGGGUGACCAGAAGAAGAAGAUCGCCAUAUUGGGCGUCUCCUCCAUCCUCCUAGUCGCCAUGGUCGUCGCCGUAGCCAUCGGCGUAAGCAACAACCCCACAGACAGCGGCGGAGAAGGAGGCGACAAAAGCACUUCGACAAGCAACCAAAUCUCCACCACCAACAAAGCCGUGAAAGCCCUCUGCGCCCCGUCCGUCUACAAGGACACGUGCGCGAGUCUAGCCUCUCCAAAUCCGCGGAGAACGCCACGGACCCGAAGACGCUCGUCCAGGCAGGUGAUAUUGGCCCCUGGGUUUAUAGCAAAAAAUAUGGGGUUUGAGAACUCAGCGGGAGCCGUGGGCCACCAAGCUGUGGCCUACCGCUCCCAGUCCGACAACUCCGUCGUCUUCAAUUGCCAGUUUGAUGGAUAUCAAGACACCCUGUACCCGCAAACCUAUCGACAGUUCUUUCGUGACUGUGUCAUCACUGGUACCAUCGACUUCAUUUUCGGGGUUGCUCGCACCGUCCUCCAGAACUGCACCAUGAUUGUCAGGAAGCCCAUGGAUAACCAACAAUGCAUUGUGACGGCGGAGGGGCGACAAGACCCGAACGGUGACUCGGCCAUCGUGAUCAUGAACAGUCAUAUCAUGGGCGACCCAGCUUACUUGCCCGUCAAGGACCAGCUCAAGGCGUACCUGGGGCGUCCGUGGAAGGAGUAUUCGAGGACCGUGAUCAUGCACACCGUGAUCGACGGCAUGAUCGCUCCCGAAGGAUGGUUGGAGUGGCAGGGUGACUUGGGGCUCAAGACGCUUUACUACGCGGAGUUCGAGAAUACGGGUCCUGGGUCGGUUCAGACGGGUCGGGUGACUUGGCCUGGAGUUAAGCACAUUGGGGCCGCAGAUGCAGCGAAUUUCGCCCCUGGUAAGUUGUACGUUGAAGGGGAUGAUUGGAUCACGGCUACUUCUGUCCCGUACACUUCUGGGAUGGGUAAUUAA